GAAUGAGUGAAAACAAGUCACCUACAUUUGAAUAAGGCGAAUAAUCUGCCAGUGUACCGGUCCGUCUAGUGUAAGGUUUCAAGCUGUGGGGAUCCAGCAGGGAUCCACUGGAAAUGCUGUGAAAUAUGUCCGAUGUUUGCACUUCUGAGGCAGCUGGAGCCAUACGGGCCAUUGACAAACACUCAGUACACCAGAUCUGCUCAGGACAAGUAGUUCUGAGUUUGGCCACAGCUGUCAAAGAGCUGGUGGAGAACAGCAUUGAUGCGGGAGCAACCAACGUCGAUGUCAAGCUGAAGGACUCUGGUGCUGAACAAAUAGAAGUGUCAGACAAUGGCAGAGGUGUCGAAGAGGCUAACUUUGAAGCACUCACACUAAAACAUCACACCUCAAAGCUGAGAGAUUUCUCAGAUCUUAUCCACGUGGAAACAUUCGGCUUUCGAGGUGAAGCCCUGAGCUCUUUGUGUGCUCUAAGCGACCUGAGUGUGAUUACAUGCCAUGAGUCCAGCCAAGUAGGCACCAAACUGGUGUUUGACCAUCAGGGCUACCUUGUGCAGCGGUCCCCCUGUCCCAGGCAGCCAGGCACCACGGUCACUCUGCAGCAGCUCUUCUACACGCUGCCAGUUAGGCACAAGGAGUUCCAACGUAAUAUCAAGAAGGAGUAUGCUAAGAUGAUACAUGUCCUGCAGGCCUACUGCAUCAUCUCUACAGGGGUGCGUAUUACCUGCUCCAACCAAAACGGGCAGGGAAAGCGCAGCACCGUCCUCAGCACCAGCGGCAGCAACACGAUGAGAGAGAACAUCGGAGCCAUAUUUGGACCAAAGCAGCUUCAGAGUCUUCUGCCUUUCCAGCAAGUAUCUCCUGCAGAGAAUAUUAUGGAAGAAUAUGGACUUAAGGAUGGUGAUUUACCCAAACCACUUUUUUCAAUCACAGGCUUUGUGUCCACUGUGGACCACGGCGUAGGGCGGAGCGUCUCAGACAGGCAGUUCUUCUUCAUCAACAGCCGCCCAUGUGACCCCAUUAAGGUCAGCAAACUCACAAAUGAGGUCUAUCACAUGUAUAACAGACACCAGUAUCCUUUCGUUGCCCUGAACAUAGCUGUUGCCUCAGACUGCGUGGAUGUGAAUGUAACCCCUGACAAACGACAGGUUUUCCUUCAAGAGGAGAAGCUCUUACUUGCCAUUCUAAAGGCCUCUCUCAUCACCAUGUAUGAAGCUGGAGUUAAUAAGAUCAGCCUGAACUAUACAGCAGCACCGAUUGUAGCAUCUGCAUCUAAAGACGUUCUCUUUUCUGGUGACAACAAGGCAGAACCUGUAGAGAACAACCAACCUGCUACUCCAAGCCUAAAGUCAGCCAUGAACCUGGCCGCCCUCAAAGCUGCUUUUUCAAACAAGAACAGCGCCCCCUCUGGGAGUAAGUCAAGCAUGGAAAAAGCUUCCAACAGCGGGCCGAGCCAGAAAACUCUGCAGUGUUUCUUUAAGGACUCUGUUAAAUCUGCCAGCACCCAAUGUAUGAAGUCACCUGUACAACUCAAAACAGAGGCAGUUAAAUGCAGCUCAGGGGGAGGGUCUGUCCUCGAUGGGUUCAGGUAUGGAGGGAUGUCCAUUAGCAAUCAGGAGUCUGAAAAAGACAGUUCUUUGGCCAGUUGUGACUUUGCAGUAGAAUCACCAGAUUCCUCUGAACCAGUUGUUGAAAGUGUAAAUAAUGACUCCACAGUCAGCCAAAAUCACCCUGAGGACACAGAGUUACAGACUAAAGCAUGUUCAUCCACUGAGGACUCCAUAAUCAGCCCUGAAGCUAAAAGAGCCAGAAUAGAUAAUCCAGGUUUCACUACGGAACAACGAUCUGAUGCCACUUCAAAACACUUAGAUACCCCUUCUUCCAUGUUAGACGUCCCUGUCUGUCUACAGAGGAAGACUAUUCCUUUGCAUUUCUCCCUGCAAGACCUGGCAGCAAGCAUGAAGAGGCUGCUGGACCAGCAGAGGCAGAGGGCUGGGGAGAAGCUGCAUUACAGACGAUUCAGGGCCAAGAUCAACCCUGGAGAAAACCAAAGUGCUGAGGACGAGCUCCGGAGAGAGAUUAGUAAGGAAAUGUUUAAAGAAAUGGAGAUCAUCGGUCAGUUUAACCUGGGCUUCAUCAUCACCAAACUGAACUCGGACAUUUUUAUGAUUGACCAACACGCCACUGAUGAGAAAUACAACUUUGAGAUGCUGCAGCAACACACUGUGCUCCAAGGACAGAAACUCAUUGUCCCACAGCCACUCCACCUCACUGCAGUCAGCGAGAACGUGCUCAUAGAGAACCUGGAGAUUUUCCAAAGGAAUGGAUUUGAGUUUCUGAUCGAUGAAGAUGCUCAGGUGAUGGAGAGAGUGAAGCUGGUCUCUUUGCCCACCAGUAAAAACUGGACCUUUGGCCCAGCCGACAUUGAAGAGCUGAUCUUCAUGCUGAGUGACAGCCCGGGCGUCAUGUGCCACCCGUCAAGAGUCAGGCAGAUGUUCGCUUCUAGAGCGUGUCGGAAAUCAGUGAUGAUUGGCACAGCUCUGAGUGUCAGUGAGAUGAAGAAGCUUGUGAUUCACAUGGGUGAGAUUAAGCAUCCAUGGAACUGUCCUCACGGCAGGCCCACCAUGAGACACCUCGCCAACCUGGAAAUCAUCUCACAGGACUGACCCCAAAAAUAAAAAAAGACGUUUUACUGUGUCUUUCAAUGCUCUGUCAGUCAGUUCUGUCAUAUAUUACCCUUAGGAUUUUUACAUUAGUUCAAUUACUGGUAUGCACUUUUUUUUAAGGCCAGUUCUGAUAUAGUUAGAUUUUUUCUAUUAUUAAAAAAAAUCAUAUUGUUUUUAUUUGUGAUUUCCAAUAAAUGAUGUACAUAGCAAAAA